CGAUGCAAGUCACACCCGAAUGGGACCGAGUUUUUGCCCGACGGUGCCGCUUUUUUUCGUGCUCGUAACGUUCGCUAAUCGGCGUCGCUCGUCGCGCCAACCGUUUUAACUCCCGACACUUACGGUUAGCAUGCAGCGAGCUAACUUUAGCCGCGGAGAAACCGCUGUGGUUUGAAUUGGUUGUAACGUAAACGUUAGCUAACGUUAACUGUCUCGACGCAGAAGAGAGGUCAAACAUCAGCCGGCCGGUGUCACGCACAGAGCUUUGAGGGAAAUGCCACGAUUUAUUUAAGACGUAAAGGACCACAAUCAUGACGGAUUCCAAAUAUUUCACGACAAACAAAAAAGGGGAGAUCUUUGAACUGAAGGCCGAGCUGAACAAUGAGAAGAAGGAGAAGAGAAAAGAGGCAGUGAAAAAGGUCAUUGCUGCCAUGACGGUUGGCAAGGAUGUCAGUUCUCUGUUUCCAGACGUGGUGAACUGCAUGCAAACCGACAACUUGGAGCUGAAGAAGUUGGUCUACCUCUACUUGAUGAACUACGCCAAGAGCCAGCCUGACAUGGCCAUCAUGGCCGUGAACAGCUUCGUCAAGGACUGUGAGGAUCCCAACCCUCUGAUCCGAGCCCUGGCCGUCCGCACCAUGGGCUGCAUCCGGGUGGACAAGAUCACGGAGUACCUGUGCGAGCCGCUGAGGAAAUGCCUGAAGGACGAGGACCCAUACGUCAGGAAGACGGCAGCGGUUUGUGUGGCGAAACUUCAUGACAUCAACGCCCAGAUGGUGGAGGACCAGGGCUUCCUGGACUCCCUGAGGGAUCUCAUUGCCGACUCAAACCCCAUGGUCGUGGCCAACGCCGUUGCUGCCCUCUCUGAGAUCAGCGAGUCUCACCCCAACAGCAACCUGCUGGACCUCAAUCCCCAGAACAUCAACAAGCUGCUGACGGCCCUCAACGAGUGCACUGAGUGGGGACAGAUCUUCAUUCUGGACUGCUUGUCCAACUAUAACCCCAAGGAUGAGCGCGAAGCCCAAAGCAUCUGUGAGCGCGUCACUCCCCGGCUGUCUCACGCAAACUCAGCAGUGGUCCUGUCAGCUGUCAAGGUGCUGAUGAAGUUCCUGGAGUUGCUGCCCAAGGACUCAGAUUACUACAACACCCUGCUGAAGAAGUUAUCCCCACCACUGGUCACCUUGCUCUCUGGAGAGCCUGAGGUCCAGUACGUGGCUCUGAGGAACAUCAACCUCAUUGUUCAGAAAAGACCUGAGAUCCUGAAGCAAGAGAUCAAAGUGUUCUUUGUCAAGUACAACGACCCUAUCUACGUGAAACUGGAGAAGCUGGACAUCAUGAUCCGCUUGGCCUCCCAGGCCAACAUCGCUCAGGUGCUGGCUGAACUGAAGGAAUACGCCACAGAGGUGGACGUUGACUUUGUGCGUAAGGCUGUGCGAGCCAUCGGACGCUGUGCCAUCAAAGUGGAGCAAUCAGCUGAGCGCUGUGUCAGCACCCUGCUCGACCUCAUCCAGACAAAGGUGAACUACGUGGUUCAGGAGGCCAUCGUGGUCAUCAGAGAUAUCUUUCGCAAGUACCCAAACAAGUAUGAGAGCAUCAUUGCAACGCUGUGUGAGAACCUGGACUCUCUGGAUGAGCCGGACGCUCGAGCCGCCAUGAUCUGGAUUGUUGGCGAGUACGCCGAGAGGAUCGAUAACGCCGAUGAAUUGCUGGAGAGCUUCCUCGAGGGCUUCCACGACGAGAGCACCCAGGUCCAGCUCACUCUGCUGACCGCCAUCGUCAAGCUGUUCCUUAAGAAGCCGUCGGAGACUCAAGAGUUGGUGCAGCAGGUCCUGAGUCUGGCCACGCAGGAUUCCGACAACCCCGACCUGCGUGACAGGGGCUACAUUUAUUGGCGUCUGUUGUCCACCGACCCGGUUACCGCCAAAGAGGUGGUGUUGUCAGAGAAGCCCUUGAUCUCUGAGGAGACCGACCUGAUUGAGCCCACCCUACUGGAUGAGCUCAUCUGCCACAUCGGCUCCCUGGCGUCCGUCUACCACAAACCGCCCAGCGCCUUCGUGGAGGGCAGCCACGGAGUCCACCGGAAACACCUUCCUGUGCAGCACAGCAGCAUUGACACUGGUGAGAGCCCAGUGAGCAGCGGGCCAGCAGCUGCCAUGGACCAGCCACACGUGAUCCCCAGCCAGGGGGACCUGCUGGGUGACUUGCUCAACCUGGACCUGGGCCCUCCGGUCAAUGUGCCCCAGAUCUCCUCCAUGCAGAUGGGGGCGGUAGACCUUCUGGGGGGAGGCCUGGACAGUUUGCUGGGGGGUGACCUGGGCGGAGGUGUUGGGGGAAGUCCAGCAGUGGGACAGAACUUCAUCCCCUCAUCUGUUCCCAGUACUUUUGCUCCGUCCCCUACACCAGCUCCACAAGCUGUCAGCAGUGGGCUCAGCGACUUGUUUGAGCUUUCCACCGGCAUGGCCAUCACCACGGGAGGACACACAGCCCCAAAAUCAGUGUGGCUGCCUGCAGUGAAGGCCAAAGGUCUGGAGAUCUCUGGAACCUUCUCUCGCCGCCAGGGCCACAUGUACAUGGACAUGACCUUCACCAACAAGGCCCUGCAGCACAUGACUGACUUCGCUGUCCAGUUCAACAAGAACAGUUUUGGGAUGAUCCCCACCAGUCCUCUGCCCGUUCACACUCCGCUGAUGCCCAGCCAGACCAUCGAGGUCUCUUUGCCUAUAAACACCAUUGGGCCGGUCAUGAAGAUGGACCCACUCAAUAACCUUCAGGUGGCUGUGAAGAACAACAUCGACGUCUUCUACUUCAGCGUUCUCAUCCCUCUCAACAUAUUCUUUGUUGAGGAUGGGAAAAUGGAGCGACAGGUGUUCCUGGCUACCUGGAAAGACAUCCCCAAUGAGAAUGAGCUCCAGUAUCAGAUAAAGGAGUGCCACCUCAACGCAGACACAGUAUCGGGCAAGCUGCAGGGUAACAACAUCUUCACCAUUGCCAAGAGGAACGUAGAAGGCCAGGACAUGCUCUACCAGUCCCUCAAGCUAACCAACGGCAUCUGGAUUUUGGCUGAGCUUCGCAUUCAGCCCGGCAACCCCAACUAUACGCUGUCUCUCAAGUGUCGGGCCCCAGAGGUUUCUCAGUACGUCUACCAGACGUACGACUCUGUGCUGAAGACCUGAGCCGCUUCAACGCUAAGCAGCUCUGCUUCGUCCUGAUGACAAACUGCAGUCUGUUAUCAUUUUCUGCCAUUUGCAGCUAACUGCCAAGACAACGGAAUCCAAACAGUAAAUAUAUGAUGGAGACUAAAUAAUUUGUGUUUUCUUGUGAUCAACAACGAUCUCAGCUAAACUAAAGCCGGUGUACGUUGUACUCAAGUGGAGCAGUACAGACGCUGUGGAUGUUUCCUUUAUUUUGGCAGUUGAAAGCAUUAUUAAAUCCUCCUCUUAAGUUCCCAUUUCCCAUUUUUACCCCCCAGAGUAAACACGUCUACCAUUCCAUCCUUAACUUAGUGUCGUAAUGUUGUGAAGAUGUGACUGAUGAAACUGUCAUGAGUAGGGGGAAAAAGUUUUCCAUGAAGCUCCCUUUCUUUCUCACAUUCCUUUUGGAUUUGCUUUAUUUUUUAUAUUACCUCCAGAAUAAUCCCAGUGUUGCUUUGUUCCUAUUGGCAUUAACAGGUAAAGUAUAUGGUAGAAACCCACAAUGUGAUACUAACGUCUUUCCCACAGCGAGUUUCCCUCCUGACGCUCACAAUAACGUGCUUACAAAUGAUAUAUACAUCACAUUUAUACUCUGUUUUUCCUUUCAUGACUUUAAGCACGCGUUACCGCUUCUUGUAUUUAACGUGAUUACUUACAAUUUGUGCAGCGUUUAGAUAUAAACUGCUUCUUCCUCCAUAAGUAUGAAACGUCAUAAGAACUUGACAUUCCAACAGAAAAAGGUAUUUUUUCCAAACAUCUUUCCGUUUGCCUCGAGCACUGUUUUAUUCCCUUUUAAACUCAACUGCACAUAAACGUCUUCUGAAGAUUUAGACACCAUUUUUAAUCCAUUGUUUUUGUUUUAUCGUUUAAUAGUUCAAUUUAAAAAGCUAAAGAAAUACAUAAACUUCCAUGGACCUGUUCUGACGUCAUAAAGGACAUUUGUGCUCCAUUAUAAUGUUAUAAUGUUAAAACAAAGACAGUAGCGAGUUUAUGUCGAGGAACACAGUCAGUGGAGCAAGAAGCUUUUGACUGAAAAGAACCCACUGAGCAUCUGAUUUUAAAUUAAACACAAACCAUUAAUGAUCUGUCAACACAUCAGUGACGCUUUCUUUUGUUCAUUUCACAUGUGACUGUUUAUCGGCCCGUUUACUACACGUAGUUCUCCACGGCUUUGUGCACCUACAUCGUCAUUCCUAUUUAUUGUGCAUCUACCUCCGUGUGUUUCCUUUUUAACCGGCUUUAUUGUUGGCGUGGCUUAAAUUCUGCAAUGUGCUUUAAAUGUUUUCACCUUCUUUUUGAGGCCAGUGUUUUAGUUCCCUUCACUCCAUCGUUGACCUGGAGCAGCCAAUCUCCCACGACCAAGCGAUGAUGCAAAACAAACGACCACGCUUAUGUUUGAAUGACCUCGUGUUGAUAUAAUCCUCCGACGUUGGCUUUGUGUGUCUGUGUGUAUGCGUGUGUGUGCGCUAAUAGAACAUUUCCGCUAAGGCCAGGAGUUACAGUGUAGUCAAGUGAUGGUGUAGUUUGUGUAGCGAAUACAUUUCAAUGUUUUGGUAUUACCCUAGAAAGGAAAGUAAGCCUGGCCUACAUGUAUUCCGCUGAAAAGAUGUUUUUGUGUUGGUGACACUAUUUUCCUAGAUGUUUUCAAAUGUGCCUGCAUGAGAGCCCAUUGUCGAUUUUAUUCUUUUUCACUUAGGCUGUGGCUUUGCUCCAAAUCUCCCCCAAUCCCCCAACUUCAUGUUUUAGAUGUCACGUUUUCAAGCAGCGCUGUCGCUAGCACUCCCACACAUGGAAGUAUAUAUCCAAAUCAUUUGCCAGCAACACAAAAUGUAUGGCGAGAGCCGUCAUAACGUCAUGGCUGUAAUCCUGUUGUAAAUUAUUUGUCAGUCACAGUACCACCUCUUAUGUCAUUAAAAUGCCAAACUCA